AGGAGGGGUCGCCCUGGUGUUUGCUCUUAAAUUCUCAGUCGGAUGACGAGAUGAGGGAAGAUAAUCAGUCAGCUCGGUUUUCCUCCCUUACAGAGAAGAUGCCAGCGGGAAAACAAAACAAAUCCUCUCCUUGGGCAUGUCAGAACUAUGACUAAUAUAUUCUUCUGUUCUAAAAAAAAUAAAAACAUUUAAAAAAAAUAAACAGCACAAAAAACAUAAGGAUGCUUGCCAGAUCUCCGCAUCCUCUCCUGAUGGCCGCGGGUUACAGAUCUCCUUCUGCCUGGGUGAAGCGCUCAAGUGCCUGAAGUGGGACGGGCAAAGAGGGGAAACUCUGGCCCCGUCCCGCUCUCCACUUUUAAUGAGCGCUCCGAUCAUGCAGGAGUAAAAGGUCCAGGUGGAACAGUUCAGCGCUCGCACACACGCUCCGCUCGCUUUUCAAUGAGAGAGUAAGGACUUUGGGGCGAGAGCUGCGCAGGGAAUUACUUUAUUUCUACGGAGGACUGUUUCAUCUUCUCAGGGUUAGGAGGUUACACAAGGACAUCUGGCUGACCUGCUGAACCAGCACACCACCCAUCAUGAACGGAACAUCGCUCACUACCAUCUGCCUCGCGCUCCUCCUGUCCUGUGCUUGCGGGGCCAAGCCUAACGGAUCAAAGAACAAGAAGCCAAAGCAAGUCGUUCCAGCCAUCGAGUGUGACGUCAGGGCAGGAAAGAUCAAUCUCCCAGAGUUCAUAGUUAAAUGUCCCGCGCACUGCAAGGAGACAAAGCAGCAGGUCUACGGGACAGGCGUGUUCGCCUCCAUCUCCAGCAUCUGCAACGCAGCCAUCCACAGCGGCAUCAUCACCAACACGGGAGGGAAGGUGAUCGUGAGGAAGAUGGCCGGCCAGAACAUCUACAAAGGCAGCAACUCAAACGGAGUGCGCUCCCUGUCUCUGCCUAAGUGGAGGGAGUCGUUUGUUGUCUCAGUGGGGAAGCCCAAGAAAGGAGUGAUCUACCCGUCCACUCUGGACUAUGUCCCUUCAAGACCGACCUACGUGAAGACAACUGGUCAAAAGGAGGCCAAACCCCCUGCGGCCACCACAGCGCUUCCUAUGACAACAACGCCUGAACCCACCACUACCACAACACCUGAACCCACCACCACCACCACCACACCGGCUCCCACCACCACCACCACUACACCUCCACCACCGCCCACUACCACCAAAGCUCGAGCUGCGGUCCACAAAGUCAGGGAUGCAGAAAUGUGGCUACAGCGAGCAGACAAUGCUGCAGUAUCUCAAGGCAACAGUCACCCAUACCUUGCCUCUGUGGCAGCCGCAAGUUCAAGGAAGGCACAGAGUGGUCAAGGAAAAGGCUUCAGCCAAGUAUUCAGAGGGGGUGCCCAUCCGAAUAGAUACCCACAGCGUGCCAGUGCAGGUCUGCGCAGGCCCGAGGCAGGGUCGGCUAUCAGGAGGCCGCCAUCCUCUCCAGUUGGCCCAGCUUUGAACAGGGUUCAGCCGGCCCCACCCGAGCGGACUCCGACCAUGAGCCAGUCCAACCCCGCUUUUCCCAGAAGGGACUGGGCCCCCCCUAACUUUCCUCGCCCUGAUUGGUUUCCUGGAGCUCGACAACCAGCAGAUGUUAGUUACGCAGCUCCGGACUCGGGAUACACGUGGAGUGAGACGGACACCUCUGAGGUUACAGCUUGGGAUCACAGGCCUGAUAUCUCAGAAUAUGAGCGCUGGUUUUAUAACUAUGGACCAUACCUGCCUCGCUCCACUGACUCAGAUGGCAACCGUAGAGUGCCACUGGAUACCACCCAUACUAGAGUGGAGCCGGUGGACACCUGGAAGCCCGAAGUAAAUCUUUAUGAAUCAGGCUUUAACGUGAGAGAACAGGAACCUGUACCCAGAGCACCGGAGCCCGUGUCACAGGGAGACCCCAACUGUAAGGUGGACCUGGCCUUCCUGAUGGACGGGAGCUGGAGCAUCGGGAAGAGGCGCUUUAAAAUCCAGAAGGACUUCCUGUCUGACGUGGCUCAGGCCAUCAACGUGGGUGUGGCCGGACCCAUGAUGGGCAUCAUCCAAUACGGGGAUGACCCCGUGACAGAGCUCAGUCUGAAGUCGUACACCAACUCCAGAGAGGUGAAGUCGGCCGUGGAUAAGAUCGUGCAGAAGGGAGGCCUCUCCAAUGUGGGAAAGGCCCUGACCUACAUCAACAGGCAGUACUUCAGUGAUGCCAAUGGUAACCGUGGAGGAGCUCCCAACGUGGCUGUGGUGCUGGUGGACGGCUGGCCCACAGACAAGGUGGAGGAGGCGUCUCGGCUCGCUCGGGAGUCCGGCAUCAACAUAUUCUUCGUCACCAUCGAGGGCCCUGACGAGAGCGAGAAAGCGAACCUGGUUGAGACCAACUUUGUUGACAAGGCUGUGUGUCGGACAAAUGGCUUCUACUCUCUGCCUGUGAACAGCUGGUUUGCUCUGAGGAAGGCCGUGCAGCCCCUGGUGAAGAGGGUGUGUGACACAGACCGCCUGUUGUGCAGCAAAACCUGCCUCAACGCUAACGACAUCGCCUUUGUCAUUGAUGGGUCCAGCAGCGUGGGAACCGGCAACUUCCGCACUGUGCUGGAGUUUGUGGCCAACGUCACGCGAGAGUUUGAGAUCUCCGACACGGACACACGGGUCGGGGCCGUGCAGUACACCUACGAGCAGAGGCUGGAGUUCGGCUUCGGCCAGUACAACAACAAAGGCGAGCUGCUCAACGCCAUCAAACGCAUCAACUACUGGAGUGGCGGGACCAGCACCGGUGCCGCCAUCACCUUCGCCGCAGAUCAGCUCUUCAGCAAAUCCAAACCCAACAAGCGCAAGAUCAUGAUCGUCAUCACGGAUGGGCGCUCCUACGACGACGUCAGGGUACCUGCACUGGCCGUCCAGAGCCAAGGUGUGAUCGCCUACUCCAUCGGCAUUGCCUGGGCUGCCCAGGACGAGCUGGAGUACAUCGCCACAGACCCCGACAAAGAGCACUCUUUCUUCGUGGACGAGUUCGACAACCUUUACAAGUUUGUGCCCAAGAUCAUCCAAAACAUCUGCCAAGAGUUCAACUCCCAGCCCCGAAACUGAGGACGGACUGAUGGGUGGAGGUGAUCCUGGGCCGUCUUAACAGAACACUGAUUGUAAAUGUGCUCACUCUGUUGCCCAGAUGGCGGUGCUGGAUUGGCUGCAGUGCCCCAUGUUUGAACAGGGAGGGGGUUUGAAUUUAGGUGAGGAUUGUGGGUUUGGACAAAACAAAUCUUUAAGUGAAACAGCAUUCGGUCCCCAGAAUACAGACGCCGCUAAUGGUUUAAAGGUUUGCAUACACAGUGAUGUGAUAACAUCUCAGUGCUUACUGUUGUGCCAGUUCUUCUCCGUCGGUGCCAUAAAGAAAGAAAAAAAGAGUAUCCCCAAUCUUUAGCAAUGGCACUAAUACAGGCUUUAUGAGCUGUCACUAAGGGUUUUAUUAAAGGAACAGCUCUCCCAAAAAUGAAAAUUCAUUAUCUACUCAACCUCAUGCUGCUGGAAAGCUGUGGGAAGUUUCGUCAUCAACAAAACAUUUUUGCAGGUUCACAGUAAAACAGUGCUGCAGCCUUCAUUAAAUGAAAACGGGGUCCUGAGAUCCCAUUUUGAAUUGAAAAAAUGUUAUUUAAAACUUCUAUAAGCCGUAAUCUUAAGUUUAGAUGCUAAAUUAACAGUGUUAUCUGGAACCCAAUCUGAAGAGGUUGCACGAGCUCAGCCGCACAUCAAGGGUGUGAAUAACGUCACCUCAGGAUUUCAGUUUAGGAUCUUCUGGAGACAUGGUCUACACCAGAUGAGCUGUAUGGAGCCAGCCUACAACAUUAUUCCCCAGUCUCCUUAAGUUGUUGAGGAGAAUGCUGCAACACGUUUCGGUGUGAAGCUUCAGAAGUGUUUAAUGAACUACGAGACUUCAACUGACUUUCUAUCGGCAUCGGGGGUGAUUAGAUAAUGUCUGAGUCUUCGUUUUUGGGUGAAAUGUUCCUUUAAUGUCCAUAUAUUGUUUACUGAUGCCUUUAGAUAAGUUAUGAACCAUUGAUCAGGGCAACAUUUGUGUUGCCAGGUUGUGAAAGACCCCCCUGGAUGGUGUUAGCCCUCCUCAGGCAUGAUCGUGCAUCGUGCAAAAUAUUCCAGCGCACUGUUUUACCUCUUAACAUCUGGGAAAAUGCUGAAGAACAUAAAAUGUGGAGGAGACAAAGGGAUUUUUCACAACUUGGAAACCCAAAAGUUGUUCUUAAUAUAAAGCAUUAGUAAAUGAUUUAUCAUCAGUAAAGCCCUUAAGUCCGAUUUAUAAAACCUUUACAGAGUUUGAGAAAUGUAGAUUUAAAGCAUGCCUAGCACUUCCUCUUAUGGCUUAACAUAUUUCAUAAACCUAAUAAUAUGGUGCUUUUUUUGUACAGUUCUCUUAGAAUCGGUGCAUUUUGAUCUUCCUAAUAGGAGAGAUUUGAUAGUAGGACAUUGUUAAAGUUCCUCUAUGGUGCUGACUUUGAGUGGUAGUCGAAAUGAGGCUCAUGAGCAACCAGCAAGUGGACCUGAAAGGCCAAUCAGCAACGCUGGAACAAAGAGGUGGACUUGUGUGAGAAGCAAGAAGGAGCUUGUGUUUCUUAGAGACGAGCGAAUGAAAGCAGCUCGUCUCACGAUCGCUCUUGUUUUUCUACUAGUGAGGUUGCUUCUAACAGUGCAGGCGUGUCUGUUUUGUUGAAAGCUUAUUUAUGAUUUUCUCCCUGUUAUGUCCUGUUUGUACAUAUGCAUAUUAAAAGCCUUUCGCUAAUAAUG